AUGAGUGCUAUCAAUGCUUUCUCUGCAGCGCCUUCCAAGCCUUUUUUCCUGACUGCUCCGCCAUUCUACUCAGCCUGCUGCGGUGGGUCCUGUCGGCGCCCCGCAUCCCCCACUGUUUUUCCAAAUGAGGAGAGUGUGCUGCCUCUCCUGGCACAGGACUCGAACUCCAAAGCUCGGAGGGGCAUUUUAAGAAGAGCCGUCUUUUCUGAGGACCAGAGAAAGGCUCUGGAGAAAAUGUUUCAGAAGCAGAAAUAUAUCAGCAAAAUAGACCGGAAGAAACUUGCCAUCAACUUGGGACUAAAGGAAUCACAGGUGAAAAUUUGGUUUCAGAACAGAAGGAUGAAGUGGCGGAAUUCCAAAGAAAAGGAAGUGCUUUCCAACAGGUGUGCCCAAGAAGUAGGCCUUCAGGAGGACGCCCUCUCGCGCUCCGCUCUGGGCUUCGCUUCUCCGUGUCCUUCCCUCUGGGACAGCUCCCAACAGCACUCGAGUCCCAGGUGGAGGGAGAAUUUCCCAGAACCUCCAGAAAGACUAAUCCAGGAGAGUUCGGGGGCACAGCCCCCAGAAGCCAAUUCACUGCGAGGUGCCUUAUAUUUGUGUUCUGAAGAAGAAGCUGGAGACAAGGGCGUACUUACCGUCUGA